AUGGAUAAUUUUUAUCUAAAAAUAUGUGAACAACCAAUCAAAUGGUAAAAAGAACCAAAAAUACCACUCUAUUCUAGUUAAAAAGAGAAUCUAGACAUUAAUUGGAAUGAUUUUGAGAACCUUUAUAGACAAUGCUAUGAACAAGAAUAGAGUUCAAACGUUACUAAAAUUAUUAAAAACAGCUAGGAUUUUGAUUUAAAUAUCAAUCUUAAUAGAUUAAUAAGAACAAAUAAUCAAAGUAGUUGGAGUGAAAUCAUAGAAUAUGAUAAUAUUCAAAAGAUUAAUGAUGAUUAAAAAGAAAUAUAAGAAGAAUAUCCUUAAAAACCUAUUUUAAAGAGAAGUAAUACUUCUUUUAGAACACAUAAUAAAUCUUUUACUUAAUUAAUAUCAGAAAAUGAGAAACUCAAACGUUAUAGAAUUAAUAAAAGAAGUGUUAGAACUCUUUCUAUGAUUUCUUUCAAAAGAUCACUUAUUACACCUAUUUUGAAAAACAAUUUUAAGUAUGGUUAUAAAGAAGUUUAGAUCAAAUAUUUUAAUUCAGAUUAUAGUAAAACUAUAGUAGUUGAUGAAAAUAUAUUGGUUUGUGAAUUAAUUGUUUUAGCAAUUUAAGAAUUUAAAAGAACAUAAAAUUUUGAUUAAAAUUUACUAAAAUACUCUAAUUUUUCUUUAGCUUAUCAAUUAACUAGUUUUGAUGAUUAUUUUGAUUUUUCAAAUUCUUAAAUAAAUAGUAUAAUAGAGGAUUAAACAGAAUGUUAUUAAUAAUAUCCUUAUGUAAUAGAAGAAGGAAAUUCAUUAUCAAGUAGAAAGAUUGAUUUAGAUUUGGCUUAGAAAAUAUUUUAUAAAGUUUUAAUUUUAGAAGUAGUAGAUAAAAAUAAAUAUGGAAUAGAUUUAUAUACAAUUGAAAUAACAAAAAAGCAAUUUCCUAAUUCUAUAAUUAUAUUAAUUGAAGAUACAAAAAAUGUGAUAUUUUAUCAUUUAAAUAUUGAUUUAAAUUCAACAUUAGAAGAUAUUUAUUAUUAAUUACAAAGAAGAUCUGGGAAUAAAUAUAAUAAAAAUGAUUGGUAUUUUAAUUUGAAAUUUCCUUGUAUUAAUAUUGAUUAUAAAGAAUCUUUACAUUUUCAAUUCCCUAUUAAUUAAUUACCUAUUCAUUGGUUAUAAAUAUAAUUUAAAUUUGACAAUAUUAAUAAUGCAACAACAGGAAGUAUAAGAGAAUUAUAUAAUUAAUCAGGAAACAAAGAUUCUAUUUUAGUAUCUUAAUCUUUUACUGAUAUAAAUAUAUAGAUAGAAAAAAAACUUGCAAUGUUUAAUUAUAAAGAGUUUAAAGUUAUUAAGUUAGAGAAUGAUGGAUAUUAAAAUGAAGUAAUAAUUGGAAUAGAUUAUUUUGAUUUUUAUUUUUCUUAUUUGACCAAAAAGAAAUCUAAAUUUUCCAUUUAUAAACUUACAAAAUGUUUUGUGUAAAUUUUAUUAGAAAAUUAUUAAUCUGGAUAAACAAAAGAUUAUAAGAGAAUACCAACUUCAUCAAUAAUUUCUGUAUUAUUAAAAGAUAAUUAGAAAAUAGAAAUAAAAUAUUAAAAAAAUGAAGAUAAAGUAAAAUAAUUAAAAUUUAUUUUACCAAAAAGAGAAGAAUCAGAAGAAGAAAAUAAAAAUAAGGAAGAAAUUAUAAAUAUUAAUGAAAUUUAUUAGAAAUUAUCCUAUAUCAUUUAGUAAGGAAGAAAUAGUCCAACUUAAAGAAUAAAUUGA